AGACGCUGAGCCAAGCAGGCGCCUGCAGCAGAAACACCACUUCCACUGUUCUUCUCCAGGUGCCUUACUUCUUCUAGGGCCCCCUGUUCUUCUCCAGGUGCCUUGACUUCUUCUAGGGCCCCCUGUUCUUCUCCAGGUUGCCUUACUUCUUCUAGGGCACGUCUGGGAUUUGUGGACUUCAUAUUUCCAGCAUCAAGCACAGUUUCAGAGGGAGCGGAUAAGAGCCAAGUCUUGUCCUGGCCGGAGGUGACGGGGACUGGACCACCAUGGCCUCCAGCACGCCUCGAGACAAGUAUUCUGCUGUAUGGCUCAUCUUCUUCAUGCUGGGCCUGGGCACGCUCUUACCCUGGAACUUCUUUAUGACCGCCACCAUGUAUUUCACCAGUCGCCUGAAGGACUCAUCAGUGUCAGAGGUUGGGGUUAACAGGACGGAGGAGGGAGACAGACGGAGCCAUCUGGAAUCUAAAUUCAACAACGUGAUGACGCUGUGCGCCAUGCUUCCCCUCCUGCUCUUCACCUGUCUCAACUCCUUCCUGCACUCUCUGAUUCCUCAGAAGCUGCGCGUGAUGGGCAGUCUGACCAUCAUCAUGGCCGUCUUCAUGGCCACAGCCGUCUUGGUCAAAGUAGAAAUGGAACCCCUUCCCUUCUUCACUGUCACCAUGAUCAAGAUCGUCAUCAUAAACUCGUUUGGAGCAGUGCUUCAGGGCAGUCUCUUCGGGAUGGCUGCCGUCCUGCCCACCUCCUACACCACGCCAAUCAUGAGUGGCCAGGGCCUCGCUGGGACCUUCGCUGCCCUCGCCAUGAUCUGUGCCAUCGCAAGCGGCUCAGAGAUUCAGGAGGCGGCGUUUGGCUACUUCAUCACUGCCUGUGUCGUCAUACUUCUGUCCAUAUUGUCCUACGUUGUCCUCCCGAAGAUGGAAUUCUACCAGUACUACCGAGACAUUGACAAGAGGAGAGAUAAUGAAGAGGAAAACCCUUUAAAUGCGAUGAAGAAAGAGACCAGAGGAGAAGCGAGACCAGAUCCAACCAGCCAGCCAAGCAUCUCCAUGAUGAAGAUCUUUAAGAAGAUUUGGGUGCUGGCUGUGUCUGUCUGCUUCACCUUCACGGUAACCAUAGGAACAUUUCCCGCCAUCACCGCAGAUGUCAAGACGACCAUCGGCCACGGAGGAGCCUGGGAGCUCUACUUCAUUCCGGUUUCCUGCUUCCUGCUGUUUAACCUGUGUGACUGGGCCGGGCGAAGUCUGACUGCUGUCUGUAUGUGGCCGGGGAAGGACAGCUGUGUGUUGCCGGUCUCCAUCCUGGCCCGCUUGCUGUUCGUUCCCCUCUUCAUGUUGUGCAACGUUCAGCCUCGCUCCAGCCUGCCGGUCUACUUCCAGCACGACGCCUGGUUCAUCCUCUUCAUGCUCCUCUUCGCUUCCAGCAACGGAUACCUGGCCAGCCUCUGCAUGUGUUACGGACCCAAGAAGGUUCUGAAGCAUGAGGCGGAGACGGCCGGUGCCAUCAUGGCCUUCUUCCUCUCUCUGGGUCUGGCUCUGGGAGCUGCACUCUCCUUCCUCUUUAGAGGCCUCGUCUGAAACCACGCCAGUCCAGACGGACGGUCCAGGUCCAGACGGUCCAGACGGACGGUCCAGAUCCAGACAGACGGUUGACUCCAGACCGUCAGCAGGAUACUAGCUAAAUCCUGGAUUCCUUUAUUCUUUCAUAAAUCUUUUAAAUUAGUAUAGUAAAAAACUAAUGAUAUGAUAAAUAAAUAACGUGAUAAAUAAAUUCAUAGGGUUAGUGGGUGUGUCAGGAAGGGCAUCCGACGUAAUGUUUUGCCAAAUCAGUUUGUGGAUUGACAAGACCGUACCGGAUCAAUCGAGGCCAGCGUCAGUGCUGUGCCCUCACAGGGUCCUGAUGGAACCUGUACCAUCUGCUGGGGCGACCCUGAGAAGCAGGGAACCAGCUGGAAGAAGAAGUUUCUUCCAUAAAUCUUUUAUUACUUUUUAGAAAUUCUUAGUUUCUCCUUUUAACUUACUUGCUGUGACAGCAGCAGCUGGUUGUUUCUCAUAAAGAGUCUGCUUAAGUGUUGUAAAGGUUAAAAGCUUUUAAGUCCUUUGCUGUGGCAGCAGCAGCAGCUGUUUCUUGUGAAUAGUCUGUUUAAGUUGUUUUAAAAGUUAAACGCUUUUAAGUCCUUUGCUGUGGCAGCAGCAGCUGGCUGUUCCUCAUGAAGUGUCUGCUUAAGUGUUUUAAAAGUUAAAAGCUUUUAAGUCCUUUGCUGUGGCGGCAGCAGCUGGCUAUUCCUCAUGAAGAGUCUGCUUAAGUGUUUUAAAAGUUAAGGGUUUUAAGUCCUUUGCUGUGGCGGCAGCAGCUGGCUGUUCCUCAUGAAGAGUCUGCUUAAGUGUUUUAAUAGUUAAAAGCUUUUAAGUCCUUUGCUGUGGUGGUAGCAGCUGGCUGUUCCUCAUGAAGAGUCUGCUUAAGUGUUUCAGAAGGUAAAAACUGGAAAAGCCGAAUAUCGUUUGAUUGUGUGGAGAAGCUGGGUAGGUUGUACACAUGAGAUGUGUUCUUAAAGCUAGCCUCUUUACUAGAUGAAUUAAAUACUAGAUGGAAUCAAAUUAGAUGGUAGAUGAAUUAAAAUCAAUAACAAACUAUGCUGAUCACUAUGUAUGUCAAUCAUCUGAGACUAGUUUGAAGUUGAUCAUCUUUUUCAUUUGAUUUUCAUUUAGUCACCAUGGUAACCUUUCUGUCAGUCAGCAGAACUUUUAGAUAGACACAGUAAAUAUCACGUUAUGAGCAGGUGUUUAAAAGCUGUAUACACCAUUUAGCAAUG